AUGGUUUCAUACAGUAAAGGUCCAAGUUAUAAACCUAUUCCAACCAUCAUAGGUCUCAAUGCUCCAGUUGUUAGAAAAUAUACUUUCACAUUAGCUUUAUGGGGAGGUGCUGCAGCUUUCGCUAUUGCUACUUUCACUGAAGGUGUUCCAUUACUCCAAAAUACUUUCUAUAAAAAAAUUCCAUACUUCGGUGAACGUUGGGUUUACAAUCCAGAUCCUGAAGAUGUUCCAGUUUAA